AUGACUGCCGCCGCUGCUGCAGCUGCCGCUCGGUGCGUCCCGCACCGGGCGUCCCCGCCGGAGACCGCGAAGGCCCCCGCCUCCAUCCCCACCUCCUCGGCCGCCACUGCAUCUGCUCUCCUCCGCGCCGCCGUCGCCGCGGGACGCGGCCGCCGGCUCCCGGCGCCGCCGCUCCGGUGCUCCUCCUCGUCUCCGGAGAACACUGCCCCGCCGGAUCUUGGCUUGCUUCUGGAGGUGGAAGGGAAAGCUCGUGGUGAUGAGGAAAGGAUGCUGGCAUUAUUCUUUGACAGGAUUGGCUGGCCUACAUCAUUGCCAACUAGUGAGAAAGGGUCAUUUAUAAAAAGUGUUCUCCGUGAGAAGUUGAAAGCUUUGGAAGAGUUCUCAGCUUCUGAUAGCUUACCACUACGGCCUGGAGUUGAAACGUUCAUUGAUGAUGCACUUAGUGAGGGUGUCCCUUUGGCCAUAUUGGCUGCAUAUGGGAGAAAUGGAGAAAAGAUUUCAAGAUCUAUAGCUAUGAAGCUGGGCCCUGAAAGAAUCUCGAAAAUAAAGAUUGUUGGAAAAGUUGAGGUUGAAGAAAGCUUUUAUGGGCAACUUGUUCUUGGUAAAGGAGUCACAUCUGGUGUGGAUGAGCAACUUGUCAGGGAAGCCCAAAAGGCUGCUUCUGCAGAGAAGCAGAGGAUUGCAGAAGAGGUUGCAUCAAUCCUAAAACUCAGUGUUGACAUCACAGCAUCCGAAAGCUCAGAAAAGGUAAUAGCAGCUCUCCGAGCUGGUUCUGAAUAUGUUGGGUGUGACGUGCAAAAUUGUGUUCUUGUUGCGGGCAGCCAAUCUGGUGUCCUUGCAGCUGAACGCAUUGGCAUGCCAUGCAUAGUUGUUCGAAGCAGCUUUACUGCAAGAGCAGAAUUUCACUCUGCAAAGGCCGUUAUGGAUGGAUUCGGGAACACAGACUUAACCGUUUCAAAACUACUGAGCAAAAGGUGGUCUUAA